CCGAACCUGACCUGGCUUGUAUCUUGAGUGGACUACGUGCUACAAUGCAAUGCAUCGUGCAGAAAAGUUGACACCCAGAUAGUUCGGAUUCUAUGAGUGUGUAGUUCUGGUCAGUAAUGCUGGCACCACCAUCUAAAAAGGAAACAAAUUUAGCGAAGAUGUCAUUGGAUGCGUCAUUAACACUAUUAUGACAAUUUCGUGCGGACCUCGCCAACUACAUGUUAAAUGCGUGCUAUGUCAACGUUUGCUUCAACUGUAGCAACAUGUCAGUAAAGCUUUAUGUGAAGUAGGAAUGAUAAUAUCAUCAAAAUAUUGUGCAUUGGUUGACAGGUUUUCCUCAUCUAGUAUUGUCUGUUAAAUUUAUGACGACCACAAUAUUUUCUAGUUUAACGCAUCCUUAAUGUAGUAAAUCGCAAGGAAUCGGCGCAUUAGAAAACUUUCCAAGCUAAAUAAACAAUUUACCCCGUUAAACUGCCCCUAUCUUUAUUGCUCUACAGAAAGGGGCAGGGUUUUGUAGCUAGUUUGUCCAGCGUAGCACAGAUCUGUCAUAAUGUAAACUAUAUAUGGAAGUCGAUAUGUCAACUAAAUUAAUGUCAGCAACUGAGUUAGCUUGAUGCGCAAUUACGAAUUAAUCAAAUCACUUAAUAUUUUAUUGCUCUCUCUAUAUCUAGAUCUAGUACUAGACGAGGGAUGUAUUAUUUGGACACAUUUAGUUAUUCGUGAAUUGCCAUGGAGGACCAAAGCAUACUGGCUAUACGGAAUGCCAGUUUUCCAGAUUUGAAACCUGACAGUCGCAGCCUGUCAUGGCGGCCACGUUCCUGCCAUAUCUGCGUGCGGGACGACCCUAUCUCUGGGAGGAUGUUGACGGCAUUCCUCUCACGGCCAGAGUCAGCGGGUGGCGGCUGGGCACACUGUUAUCAGCACACAGGCGUCCUGUUUGGAGCUACCGAAAAUAGGACGAACUGUGUGAUGGUGGACCUUUCCCUCUCCUUUUGGUUCUCCCGUUUUCAGCAUGAAUGGACGAUGGUUUAUGGUCAGAGCUUGAGACAGUGACUGGCGUGACAGCCGGGAACACCGGAUUGAGAAAAAAAGGUCAGUCCUGUAUGGUUUGCUGUCAGUGGGGGAAAUUUUGCAAGAAAGUUUGCCACAAGAGGACUGCUCGUCGACAUGUUGUCGGACAGAGGUUUGGUCAGCGACUUCCUGUACAGAUCCCCUCUCGCGGCCCUCCGCCGGCUCCCGUCGGCCAAGAAGAAGGAACGUCGGCGCUUCGUCGAGAAGGACGGCGGCUGUAAUGUUGUCAACAGCAACAUCGGGGAGCCUGGGAGGUACCUCGACGACAUCUUCACCACCGUGGUCGACCUUGGAUGGCGGGAAGUCCUGCUGAUCUUCAGCUGCAUGUUCGUGCUGAACUGGUUCGUGUUUGGUUUCCUGUACUGGAUAACGGCCUUCGCACACGGAGACGUAACGUACGGGUCGACGACAACCAACGGCAACUUGUGCUUCACUUAUGUCGACUCUUUCACCACGGCAUUCCUCUUCUCUGUGGAGACUCAGGUGACUAUCGGGUACGGCUCCCGGGCCGUGGGGGACUCCUGCCCUGCAGGUAUGUUUGUGUUCAUCCUACACAAUGUGUUAGGGCUCAUCACCUCGACCUGGCUACUCGGCAUGGUGUUUGUCAAAAUAGCACAGGGCGGCCGGAGGGCAGAGACUCUACUAUUCAGCAAGAAUGCGGUGAUCUGCCUCAGGAAGGAGAAGCCGUGCCUGAUGUUAAGAGUGGGGAAUUUGCGGCACAGCCACAUCUUCGAAGCCCGGGUCCGGGCGUUGCUGCUCAAGCCUAGACUGACUACAGAAGGGGAGGAGGUCGUGGUAGACCAGACUGAGAUUAACGUCGUUCAUAGCGGCACAGACAGGCUGUUCGUGGUGGCACCUGUCACGAUCUAUCACGAAAUAGACCAUAAAAGCCCCCUCUAUGACCUCUCACCCGAGGAACUGGCCAAGUCGGAGCUGGAGCUGGUGGUGAUGUUUAUCGGGAUAGUGGAGAGCACGGCGCGGCUCACAUACUUCAUGAGCUCGUACACGACGGACGAGAUUCUGUGGGGACACCGCUUCAUGGAGUGCGUGUCGGCCAAGCCAGGCAGCUACACGGUGGACUACACACACUUCCAUGACACAUUCCCCACCCCCACCCCGGCCUGCAGCGCACGGGAGUAUGAGGAGAAACUGGACGAGCAGGGACAGAGACGGGUGGUCAGGUUCGAGGAUGAGAUCGUCCGGUCAAGAAACGCCCUGCCUCAGGCUGCAGGAACCGGACAUGCGUCAUGACACUCAUCAUGGAACUGUUGAACAACAAAUCAACCGAAUAUUGGUGCUAAUGUAACUAAUUUCUUUUAGAAACAUGAUUGGCACUCAAAAGAAGGGCGUUAUUAUUGAAUGACAAUUGCCAAUGUGUAUCGUGUCCAGACCACUGCUGCAGCAGAACACAGUGGGCUGGUACUGCUGCAAACUUAACUUUCACAUUGACAGAACGGAUUGAAAGUCUAAACAUGCGUAAAGAAAUGUGCAACAGAUUGCCGGUGUGAUGCACUGCAACAAUGUUCAAGAUGUGCUAAAUUUCACAUUGGACGCUGGUGUACCAGUAACAGUUAACCUGCAUCAAGGACAAUGAUCUUUGAUAUUGAUACACCCCAGAAGUAGACAUAAAGACGCUGCUAUUCUGCUGAAAUGUUUGCCAUAUCAUAGCUGAUAUAUAGCUUCAGUUGGUGAAUAAAAACGUACAUGGGAAG